GAUUCCCAGAAAUAACUGCCAGGAUCAUGCCAGUCCAUUGAUGCACACAAAAUGUGGAGAUAAUUCAGAACCGACAGCUGCUCCAAAAGACGACCAAUGUGAGAUGCAGGUGCAAUAUCUGUGUAUAGACAUAGGCUCACCAGGUUUAGCCAACUGAUUUGUACCGGAAAAGGAACAACCCCACCUAAAACAGCCCUGCGCACUCGUGAUUCUACCGAAUGGCAGCGAGUUACAGCGGAUGUGGGGUCAUCCCACCGGCUAUCAUCUUCAGGAGGAAUCGCGAACAGCUACAAGCUGUCAAUACUGCAAAUGGUGGUUGUAUCGAUAUGUGCAAGCACACGGCGAUUCUCGCUGAUCUGCAAUGUCUUCACUGGUGCGUCUGUGAGCGAGGAAUGCAACUUUUGACAACCCCCAGCGGAACGACUAGUCGGUAGCCUUGAGAGCCUUGGGUAUGGAUGGUAAAUUUGGGCAGUUGACAGAAGGUCGG